UUAACUUUUUUUUCCCUGAAAAUAGAGGAUUAACUCCUGCCUUUGCUCUAGUCCCAGCUAAGCUAAUCCCCAUAUGAUGAGAAUAUCAGACGGUUUUCGAUCUUCAAAAACAAUGGGGGAGAUGGUUACCAGUGUAUAAAUUUGUCAGGCCAACGUUAAGGAAAUUCUCUGCAAACUUCAAUCAUCCUCUCUCUGUUGGAUAGGGGGACACUCAAUCUCUCUAUAUCUCUCGCUGGCAAAAAAGAGGCGAGUCCUCGUCCUCUGAUUGUACCUCUCUCUUUUUUUUUUUCCUUGUGUUAAUCGCGAGGUAGCGAUCUCACUGAGGGUCCCAAUGGAUGAAAUGAAUGGCGAGGAUGCUUUUAGCUCAAUGCCAAAAAAUAAUGAUCGCAAUAUUGAAGGUGAAAUGGAGAAAGAACAUAGGAUGGAAGAGGUGGAUAAUGGUAAGAGUAGCAAUGUUGAAAUUGAUAUAGCUUCCUCAGAAACAAUGAUGGUGAAUGAUGAACAAGCAAUUUUGAUUCUUGGUGGUGAAGAGAAGAAACAAUUUUUAAAAGAAUUUGAUAUGAGUAUUGUGUGUGAAGAGGGGAAAGAAAAUAUGCAAGUAAAGAUGAACAAUGAGAAGAUUGACAAUGCUGAAACUGAGAUAACUUACUUGGAGCCGAUGAAUAUGAAUGCCAAAGAAUCAAUUUUGAUUCUUGGUGGCAAAGAGAAGGAUGAGCUUACAAAAGAGUCUAAUGUGGUUAUAGGACAUGACAAGGAGAAAGAACAUACAAUAGAGGAUUUGAAUAGUAAAAUGAAUCCUAAAGAAGAAGUAGUGCAUGUAGAAGAUACUAGAGAAGAGGUGAAGAAUGAAGAACAAGUAGGAGCUAUCUUCAAGAAGAAAAUAGAUAAACCGAGGAAGAAGGGAAAGAAGGCCUCAAAGAAAAAGAUGGCAUUGAAGGGUAUGAAUGAAGUGAUUGUCAAGGAUACAAAUGAUCAAGAACCUUCAAGCAAGAACCUUCAAACUUUGAAUAACAAAGAUAAUGUUGAUGAUGAAGGGUUGCAUGAAGAAGAUGCAAAACAAGAGGUGGAGAAUGAAGAUAAAGUAGAAGAUAUUUCCAAGAAGAAAAUAGGCAAGUUGAGGAAAAGGGGGAGAAAAGGCUCAAAGAAGAAGAUGGCUUUGAAGGGCAUGAGUGAAAUGAUUGUCAAGGAUAAGAAUGACCAAGAACCUUCAAACAAAAAGGCAAUAAGGAAUGAUAAACUUAUGGGGAUGAUAUUUAUGUGUAGUUCUCAGACCAAGAAGGAUUGCUACCGUUACAUGGUUUUAGGUUUGCCAGCAAAUAAGAGAGAUGUUGUUCUACAAAUUUGUGAAGGGAUGAAGCUAUUUUUGUUUGAUUUUGAUUUGAAAUUGCUAUAUGGAAUCUACAGAGCUACAGGACCUGGGGGUUAUAAUAUUGAACCAAAGGCUUUCAAGUGUGCAUUUCCCUCACAGGUGCGGUUCAAUGUUUAUAAGGACUGCAUACCGCUGCCAGAGGAGAAGUUUAAAAAGGUCAUCAAAGACAACUAUUACCAGAAGAACAAAUUUGAUUGUCGAUUGACAUCAGAACAGGUGAAGAAUUUGUGCAAACUUUUUCGAGCUGUUAGCAAAACCUCCAUGUCAAAGGGGUUGCAAAGAAAUCCUGGUGCAGAGACGCAUACAUUUACAGAUCGAGAGAAGAGUAGAAAACGGAGUCACAGAGCAGAAACCCAUAAAUUUGCAGAUCAGCACGGGGCUAGGAAGCGACACUGUAACACCUAUAAAAGGGAAAUUUAUGCAUCCCCUGUUGCACCUCUGUCAUCACGUGUACCUUUACCCCCAGCAUCAACUCUUGCACCCCCUCCACGAUCAUAUUCUUAUGAAGGGAACUUGGAAAUGAAUGAUUACAGAAGGGAUCCAUUUGUUGAGCAUCAGUACAGACGAUUCCGAGAUUUGGAGCUGAGGCAUCAAGAGCAGACGGAGCAUGUAAGGAACUCAUUCCAUGAGCAGCAUCAAGGGGAGAUUGAACUCGUUGAUCCCUAUGUACUGCACAGAGACCUGGUUUUGUACCGUGAUCUCUCAUAUUCUGCUUCCCAGCCAUCUGAAUACUGGUCUCACACGAGGACAUUUCUUCGUCCUGUUCAGAGUAGGGGUCGACAUGACCAGUAUAUUGGUACUAGAUCAAGGUACUGAGAACUGAGAAGAUUUCUGAAAGUGUGAAAUUAGUGGCAGCCACAUUGAAUUUGGGCCGUCUUUUACAUGAGCUGUGAGCAUCUGCAAUCUCUUUAGGCAGAAACUGUUACUUGCUCUCAAAAAAUGUCCAGAGUCCUGAAUCUCUAGCAUGCUGCUGACUGCUGUUUACUCAGUUUCAGUUUAUUGAUUUUAUUUAAUGCCAAGUAUUCCUAGCUUAAAAGCAUGUUGUAAUCAAACAAUCACCAGGAAACUAUUUGCUUUUUCUUGACCCGUCAUUCGAAAACAUUGUUUAGUGAGAUUUUCAACUCUUAAGGUUCUGUGUAUCGGCCUAGCAAUUACUGAAUGCAAUUUGGAGCCAUAAGUGGUUCCUCUAUCUUAGAUACAA